AUGAUCAGAUGGAAGUUUGAUUCUAAAACCCAUUCUAAUAUUGAUCAUGUAUCAAUGGAAACUUCCAUAAACAAAGCAGGUCGUGGUAGAGGAAACGAUAAUAGUAGAGGCAAAGAUAAUGGUGAAGCUAGAGGUAGGGGUUACGGUAACAAUGGUGUUAGAGGUGGUUAG